AUUUCAUUGUCUUCUCUCCUCUCUUCUCCACCGAUACUCCUCCUCUCGCCCCUCUGACCUCCAUCCAGUAUGGCUGAGGCGCCCACGCAGGAUGCUGCGCUCGUUGCGGCUGACGACCUUAUGCGCGACCGCGCGCGCCAGUUUGUCGAGUUCCUCGAUGAUGAGAAUCAGGCGAACUACAACUACCGAGGCGAUAUCAAGCGUAUGCUCGACAUGGAACAGCAGCGUUUGAUUGUAAACCUCGAUGACCUGCGCGAUUACGACCGCACGUACGCCGAUGGGCUGCUGCUCCAGCCUACCGCCUUCUUUCCUGCGCUCGAGGCUGCUGUUCGUCAAAUGGUCCAGGCGCUCCACGACCCGGCUCGCCACAACGUCCGCGACAAAGACUAUUACGUGGGCUUGCGUGGGUCGUUUGGGCAGCAGCACUGCAACCCGCGAACAUUGAGGAGUCACCAGAUCGGCAAGAUGGUUUCGCUUGAGGGUAUCGUGACCCGAUGCUCGCUUGUUCGCCCCAAGAUGCUCAAGUCCAUUCACUACUGCCCCCCAACGAAGAAGUUCCACAGCCGAUCUUACCACGACGGUACUAUGAUCGCACCUUCCUCAACACUCACAGGCUCCACCACGGUGAUUCCCACGGACGACGGCGAAGGUCACGCCCUAUUGAUGGAGUAUGGUCUCUCCACCUUCCGCGACAGCCAGACAAUCAAUAUCCAGGAGAUGCCGGAACGUGCACCACCAGGUCAGCUGCCCCGAGGUAUCGAGGUUGUGCUUGCAGACGACCUGGUAGACGUCUGCAAGCCGGGAGACCGCAUUCAGCUUGUGGGCGUAUACAAGUCGUCUGGUGGGGGUCAGGGGUCCCGCGGAUUUCACACUGCACUCAUCGCCAACAACGUCAUUCUUCUGUCGUCCAAGCAGGGGGGCGGUAUCGCUCACACACCUCUGACCGACGAUGACAUCCGCAACAUCAACCUCGUGUCACGAAAGAAGAAUCUCUUCAAGCUACUUUCAGAGAGCUUAGCGCCAUCCAUUUAUGGCUACCAGUACAUCAAACAGGCCAUUCUCCUGCUCCUGCUCGGCGGUGAGGAGAAGAAUCUCAAGAACGGCGGCCAUAUCCGUGGAGACAUCAACAUCCUGAUGGUCGGUGACCCUUCUACCGCCAAGUCGCAAAUGUUGCGCUUCGUUCUGAACACGGCUCCGCUGGCAAUUGCCACCACUGGUCGUGGCUCGUCCGGAGUUGGUCUCACGGCCGCUGUGACCACUGACAAGGACACAGGCGAGCGUCGCCUCGAAGCCGGUGCGAUGGUCUUGGCCGACCGCGGUGUCGUGUGCAUUGACGAGUUCGACAAGAUGAGCGAUGUGGACCGUGUCGCUAUUCACGAAGUCAUGGAGCAACAAACCGUCACCAUUGCCAAGGCUGGCAUUCACACCACCCUCAAUGCUCGAUGCUCCGUCGUCGCGGCUGCCAAUCCCAUUUACGGCCAGUACGAUGUUCACAAGGACCCCCACCGCAACAUUGCUCUGCCCGAUUCCCUGCUCUCGCGUUUCGAUCUGCUGUUUGUUGUCACAGACGACUCGGACGAACAACGCGACCGCCAAAUCUCGGAGCAUGUUCUUCGCAUGCACCGAUACCUCCAGCCUGGCGUUCAGGAGGGCACGCCUGCCGUCGAGAACAUUCAGCAGCACCUCGACGUCGGUGGUGACGUUCACGAGACGACCACCACUGAGACGCCGGUUUACGAGCGAUACAACCCCCUCCUUCACGGUGGUGUGACAACCACUCGCGGUCGCGGCUCAAACAAGAAGAAGGAGGUGCUCUCGAUCGCCUUUGUGAAGAAGUACAUCCAGUACGCCAAGAGUCGCAUUCACCCUACCCUCACGAAGGGCGCCGCCGACUGGAUUGUCGGCGUGUAUGCGGGUCUUCGCAACGACGACCUUGCAUCUAACCAGCGAAGGACAUCGCCUUUGACUGCUCGUACUCUCGAAACUCUCAUUCGUCUGGCCACAGCCCAUGCCAAGGCACGACUAUCAAGGGAGGUGGACGAGAGGGAUGCUAUCGCGGCUGAGGAACUUCUCCGCUUCGCACUUUUCAAGGAAGUAGUCCGCCAUGAGCGCCGAAAGCGUCGCAAGCUCAACGGCGGCGGCGCGCGAGACGAUGACGAAUCGGACAGCGACGACGAGGAGGAACUCCUGGAGGAGGAGAUUGCGGCGCCGACUGAGAUCGACCGCCAGCGUGCACGAGAGAAGGCGGAGCGUCUUGAGAGGAGCCAGCGACGCCGUGGCCAGUCUCAUGCGGAUGCGGAGGAUGAAGCCGAGGCUGCUGCCGCCGAGGCCCUGGCCGACGGUGACAUUGAGAUGGCCGAGGCUGAGGAGGCAGAGGCUGUGGCGGACAACCUGAGCAACAUCACGCCAGAGCGCCUCAACUUGUUCCGGGAGCGCUUGGGCGUGGUAUUCGAGCACGAAUCCAUGGCUGAAGGCUAUAUUUCGUUCACCGACAUGCUCCCACUCGUCAACGAGGGACUGGCGAACGAAGACAUGUUCGGCACGAACGAGGGCAAGGCGGCCGUGCGAAAGAUGGCCGACCUCAAUGAGUUGAUGGAGACUGAGGGCACGGUGUACAAGGUGUAAUUUUGACUGUACUAGAUCAUGACAUGCAAUAUGCUUCGUAACGGU